AAAAUAACAUGGGAGCAACUUGACAUGUAACACCGGAAGUGAAAGCUUCACUUCCGAUAGCUAAGCUUUGACAGACGGACGUUAGUUUUUUCUUCAAAUAAACUAAGUCUAUCACCUUUAAGCCUUUAACGUUGCACUAUGUUACAGUUCUUGGCAGGAUUCACCUUGGGCAACCUUGUGGGCAUGUACCUCGCUCAGAACUACGACGUACCCAACGUAGCCAAAAAAAUCGAGGCAUUCAAGAAAGACGCGGAGGCUAAGAAGAAGCCCCCCGAGUGACCAAUGUGGAAGAUGUUUCCACCAAGAAUAUGCACUGUGUAAAACAUCUAUUUAUUUCACAGGGUCGUGCAACAUGCUUGCAGUUGUUCAUAUAUACAUACGCGGGAAUAAUGACAGUGUCUGAAACAUUUAUAUCAUACUCACAGGACUGUUACAUAUAUUUGUACGAGAUGGCUGGACCGUUUCUUGGCUGCUUUUAGAUACCUAGUCUUUUGGGUGGUCUUGGUAGCCUUGGCGGGGGGGGG